AUGAGCGAGGUGAGCCGUGCCACUUGUGUCUACCCCCGCCCACCCCUCACUGUGAGCGUGCUCCGGGCCAGGGCUGCGGCGGGAGGACGCUGCGGCUCUAGAUCCCAGGGAGGUGAAGGCCCAGGCUGGCCAGGAGGUCAUUGCCUCAGACUAGCCUCAAACUCAGAAACCUUCCUGACUACUGAUGUUAUAGAGCUUAACACAAAAACACCCCCAGCAACCAACCAGGCAUCUGACCCUGAGGAAAAAGGGAAGGCUGGCAGCAUCAAGAAGGUUGAGGAAGAGGAGGAGAUUGACAUCGACCUGACAGCUCCAGAGACAGAGAAGGCUGCCCUUGCAAUUCAGGGCAAGUUCAGGCGAUUCCAGAAAAGGAAAAAGGAUUCCAGUUCCUGAAUGGCCAGCCUUCCCUUCACCCUCCUACUUCCUCUCUGCCCUCCACAGCUCUGACUCUCCCAUGUCUUGUCCCUUUAUCCCUCUAGCCUCUCCUAGAGGCUAGCUUAACCUUUAUAUACUCUCUUCUCAGGCUCCCUUAAGCUGUCACAGCUGUAGAGACACAAGGACACAAGAAGACUUCAGUUGGUAGUCACUAGGCUAAGGGUGGGUCAGUCCCUUGCAGAGAACAGAUGACUUUGAGGUUUGA